UUUCCCAACAGAGCCACACUCGAACACCAGCUGGCCACAGUCUUGGACAAGAUGGGGGAGGCUUCAGCCAAGGCCCAGCAGUUGUCCGCGCCCAUCACCAGCGCCUCACGGAUGCAGAGCAACCGGCACCGGCUGUACGUUCUGAAAGACGGCCUUGCUAAUCAUGGAAAGGGAGCUGCUAUUGGUUUCCUGAAGGUCGGCCACAAGAAGUUGUUUGUGUUGGAUGGGCGAGGUGCACACAACGAGAUGGAGCCCUUGUGUGUCUUGGACUUCUAUGUACAUGUGUCACUACAGCGACAUGGUUAUGGGAAGGAGCUAUUUGACUACAUGAUUCAGUAUGAAGGCACAAAGCCACACCAUCUGGCCAUCGAUCGUCCCUCCAGCAAGUUCCUCUGCUUCCUCAAGAAACACUACGGUUUAGCAGCCACAAUUCCUCAGGUUAAUAACUUUGUGGUGUUUGAAAGUUUCUUCCGGGACAGACAGAUGCGUGGGGAAAGGCUGGUUCACAGGACCAUCCCAAAGAAGGUGGAACAGGAUAUUAAGCCCUACUCUCUUACUGUGCGGGAUGGCGCUCCAGAAGAUCAGGAGCUUCCCUGGCCUUUCAACCAGAAGCCUUCUCUGACUCGUUCCAACAGUCUCGGCCGCAACUCCCACCGGCAGCCGAGCCGAGCCCAGUUCGUUCACCAGGAAGCACUGCGACACGUCAGAGUGGCACGUCCUCAGGCAGUGAAUGGCGUGAGGGAGGCUGAUGACCUGGUGGCCCAGAGGAGGAGAACCAGCACGCCUGAGCAGCAGGGGAUGGUGGCCAUGGGGAACAUGUACAGCCGCUACAGCAAGACUAGCGCUCAGUCUCCCGAAUGUGUGAUGGAGCGGUCAUGGUCAGCAGUGUCCAACCAGGACUCACCACAACGGAGCGAUGUGCCACAACUGGGACCUGGGUCAAUGGAUUCCCCGACCGCUGAGCCAGACCAACUAACCCAACGUCCCCCGCCAUUGGAUCUCAGAGGCCUGACCCGCGAUUCAGAUUCUGACUCUCCCUGGGUCCAGACUCCAUGCGCUGGGAACCUCGAUACCCCACUGGCGCCCAGGGCGCUGGAGCGGCCUGCCACCGGGCAACGGGCACCGAGCGAAGGGGAGCCCCGGGCCGGGGAAGGAGGCAGGUUGGAGUGGCCGGAGGAGAGGGAUGGUGAUGUGGCUGCGGCCUGUGACAACCAGCAGGCCCAGGCCUGCCGGGAGGAACAGCAGACCAGGCUGCAGGCUGGGAAGGGGCGAGGCAGCUGGACGGACCUGAGGGGGCCCCUCAGUGCCCAGUGGAUACGACACAAACAUGAGUUCCGUAACACCAGACCCUGGUGAUGACAACAGCACUACCACCCGUGGAGGGGUGAAGCGGGGGGGCUCCUUUGAAAUGGGACGGCUGCCUUAUUCCUGAGAAUCAUGGCCCCCACUCCCACGUUGCCGCACUGCCCCCACCCACUAAUCACCACUUACCUGAUCCCACCCUGUUUUCUUGCACCAUCCCAGGGCGCUGUUUCUCAGGCUGAUCCUGAUCUGGAACCAGGUCCAGGCACAUGCCCUCUUCCCACCUCUGACUGCUGCCACCAGGAUGUGCCUAUAAUCGGAAGCAGCCAGAUACCUCCUCAUGCUCCUUGUUGGAAACGGGGAGGAGAGCGUGCUGCUAGGAAGACACCACAUUCAGGCAGUGAAACCCAGCUGCUGGUUCAGAGCUGAACCGCAUGCUGCCUUCUGGGUGGAGUAGGAGGUGAAUCAGGCAAAAUGAAAAUUCAUCACCUUAUUGACCGACGGCCCUCAGCCACACCAGUCUCCCACUUCCCUCACCGAAUGUGGCUCACCAUCGUUGCUUUACACCGUCCUGUGUCUCACCCACAAGGUGGGAUUCUUGAAAGACUGUUCUGAGACUGUUGCUGUAUUGGAGAGGGGAUGGUAGCUCACUGAGCUCCAUGACAAGAUCACAAAUUCCUGACUGUGUUCGAGCCACCAAGGAUAGUUGGCAUCGUAAAGCAGCGUGGGCAUUGGAGAGGCUCAGCAGGUCGACCAGGCUGCGGGGAGUUAACAGGCCAUCAGGACCUGAAACGUUAGCUCGUGUUUCUCACUGCACAAAGGAUGACACAGCUGGGCAUUUCAGCGUUUUCUGUAGGGUUUUUAAAAAUGUUUUUACUCACUCACGAGUAUCUGGGCAUUGCCGGCUAUGCCAGCAAUUACUGCCCAUUCCUUGUCACCGCCUUGAACCGCUGCAGUCCACGUGCUGUGGGUUGAUCCACAGUGGUGUUAGAGAGGAACUUAAUUGAAUUUGACAUUUCCAGGGUCAGUUUACGGUUUCUGUGUCCUUCCUGAUGUGAGGCACCUAUGUUUAACACGCUUCGGGGUAACUCAAAAUGCAGGAGUGAGCUGUUGUCAAGUGAACCGAGGCCGAGCCGCUUGAGUGUGUUGUAAAAGUUCCAUGGUGCUCAUCAAAAGAAGGGAAUCCUGGCCAACAUGGCUGCCCCCACCCCACAUCCCAUAUGGUCUUCAUGCCAUUGGAACCUUUUCAUUCACUGGGCGAUGAGUCAAGAAAUCAAAAGGACUGAUGAUUGAGAUUAAGCUGUAUCGCUGUGGUAAUUUUGUAAAACAAGGAAACUGCACCUUGGUAACGAGGAGCCACUCAAGUGUCAGCCAAGGAGCCAGAGGACCAUUUCUGCACAGAAUCCUCCCAGUAUCUUUUGGGCUUUUGCUGAAAUGAGGGUUACUCACUGCAACUUUUGUCACUGUGUGAACAUCUUUGAAGAGCUGCAGUUUGUAAAUGUAAACUGUAUAUUGUACAAUGAUACUGCCUUCACCGCUGAAAUAUCCCACUGGUGGAGAAACUUUGCAAGUUUUACUUAGGUGUGGUGUGAAGUUGCUGUACGCCUUGCUGCAUCUCUGGGGAAUUCACCCAGUUUGAACCUUUUGUUCCCUUGGGAAUAUUCAUCUUGGACUUUGUAGUUGUCUCAGAACUACUUUCAUGUCCUGUUUGUUAACAGAACAGAGCUAGUCAUUCUCUGCUGGUGUUAAUGCUGCUGACAUUUCCAUCUGAAUCAACUUUAUCUCACCUCCAAUCACACUGUUCUUUCUCCUUCGUCUGCAGAUAUAGCUCCCUCUUCAGCAGAUCUGCACAAUUUUCCUCAACUACUCCUGUGUGGGAGUGAGUUCCAACCAUCUCAGUACGGUCGAGGUAAAAUACUCCAUCCUCCUAUUCACUGUGAGCAGUGGCAUGGGAGUUCUGCUAGUGGACUGUUUCUUGUUAAUUUCAUAGGAUAUGGGCAUCACCCUCAGGAGUAACAUUUGUUGCCCAUCUCUAAUUGCCCUUGAAUGGAGAGACUUGGCAAGUCAUUGCGGAGGGUAGCAGGGAGUCUGGAGUCUCAUGUAAGCCAAACCGGGUAAGAGUGUUAGAUUUCUUUCCCAAAAGACAUGAAGGAACCUGUUGGCUUUUUACAUCAAUUGCCAAUGAUUGUCAUGGUCCUCAUUACUGAGAAUCACUUUAUACUCAGAAUUUGUUCAUUGUAGUGGGGACCAGUGGUCCCACAUUUGCAUGGGCGCCUGGGCUUCUAGUCUAGUGAUGUUGUCACUUCUUCUCCACUGCCUUCUUGACAAUGGCUCUGCCUUCAAACAAGGCUAGUAUAAAUCACCUAUAAUCCAUCUUUUACACAGAAAAUGAACAGAACCUCUGGCUUUCAUAGAACAGAAGUUCAGUCAUGAAUGCAAUCUAAAGAAACUCCACUGUUUAAAUAGUUGUAUGUUGUUGUUGCCCAGUGCUUUUGUCCCAGUUAUUUUACAUUGAGCAACUCUGCUUUAUAACUGUUAGUAUAUCAAAUGGAGACGGCUUGGACCAUCUGGGUGGAGAUGCAGCACUGUAAAAACAGUAAGAGUUGGGACAUUUGCCAUUUAACAUUUUCUGCAAGUGCAUGAGGCAUGCUUAUGGUUCCUUGGGGUUGGAAUUACACUAUACACAUGGCCUCAAUCCCUAUUGUACAAACAAUCCUGAUGGUAAAUGAAACAAAAUGUAGCUACUAUCAAAUUAUUAACACUUGGUGAAUCUGAAGUGCUUUGAUGUAUUCACUAUAGCCAAAAUAAAAACAGUAUUUUUGUA